UUUUUUUUUCUAAAUAAUUGUUAACGAGAAGAGAGAAAGACAAAAUUUAAAUAAGCACAAAUUAAGUAUUUAGAAUGGUUAAUAAAGUAGAACUGAGCAAGAAGAGUGCUAAAACUACAACAACAACAACGGAAAAUACUGAAUGGAAUAGCUUAAGCGGUGAAGCUGAUUUCGCAACUGAUUCGUCUUCAUCUAAUAAAGUGACAAUAGUUAAAACAAAUACUACGACAGAUAAUGCAAAUACUUCACAAAAUGUUCCUCUUUCAGCAACUCCAUCUCAACAUAAAUUAAUACCAAUAACAAGUGUUUUAAAUACUGAACCAGAAAAUUCAAGUAAUCAAAAUCAGCAAUUAACCUUAAAGAGCUCAACUAUAGCCCAACUGGCGCCGAAUGUUUCAUCUUUCCAAAAAUUUCUAAAUAAUAAUUCAAGCAGUAGUAGUCAUACACAAUUGCCUAGUGAAUUGCCACAUGAAGAUGAAGAACGAUUGGAGAAGCUCUUCAAGAGUCUCGAUCGCGACGGCGAUGGCAGAAUCGAUAUACAUGAUUUGUCUGAAGCAUUGCGAGAGUUUGGACUUUCGAGUGUGUACGCUGAGAAAUUUCUGGAACAUUCGGACAAAACUCAAAGUGGAGACGUGGGUCUUGCGGAAUUUGUACAUUACGUUAGAGAACAUGAAAAGAACUUACGGCUACAAUUCUCCCACUUGGACAAGAAUAAAGAUGGCAAAGUUGAUUUGGAGGAGCUGAUAUCAGCUUUUAAGGACUUAGGUAUUGAAGUUGACCAAAGUGAAGCGAAAAAACUUCUAUCAAGAAUGGAUCAGGACGGUAGUUUAAAUAUUAGUUUUAACGAAUGGCGAGAUUUUCUGUUGUUGGCACCAUCCACAAAUAUACACGAUUUAAUAGUAUUUUGGCGGCACUCUACUAAAUCAAGACACUCAAAAAUGUUAUCCAUACUUGACGAUGAAGACGAACCAUACCUCGAUAUUGGAGAGGAUCUAAAUGUACCUGAUGACUUUACGCAAAGUGAAAUGCAAAGUGGUAUGUGGUGGCGGCAUUUGGCAGCGGGUGGCAUUGCUGGAGCAGUGUCUCGUACAUGUACUGCACCCUUAGAUAGAAUAAAAGUGUUUUUGCAGGUUCAAACACAUAAAAUAGGAAUCUCAGAUAGUUUUAGAUAUAUGAUACAUGAAGGUGGCCUAAGAAGUAUGUGGCGUGGCAAUGGUAUUAAUGUACUGAAAAUUGCGCCCGAAUCGGCUAUUAAAUUUGCCGCAUAUGAAAAAAUCAAACGACUGAUACGUGGCGAUGAGAAACGUCAGAUGACCAUUGGUGAAAGAUUUUUAGCUGGCGCUGCUGCAGGCGGCAUUUCACAGACCAUUAUCUAUCCCAUGGAAGUAUUAAAGACGCGUUUAGCAUUACGCAAAACAGGACAGUAUACGGGCAUAUUUGAUGCUGCCAAAAAAAUAUAUGUACAUGAAGGUGUACGUAGCUUUUAUCGUGGUUACAUUCCGAAUAUGUUGGGCAUUAUACCAUAUGCCGGUAUUGAUUUAGCCGUUUAUGAAACGCUCAAGAAGAAAUACUUAAGCAGUCACAAUACGGAACAACCAAGUUUCUUAGUGUUAUUAGCAUGUGGCAGUGCGUCAAGUACAUUAGGACAGGUGUGCUCUUAUCCAUUAGCAUUAGUGAGAACACGACUGCAAGCUCAAGUCGUUUCCAGAAACUUACAACCCGUCAUUGGUAUUCCACUCAGACAAGCCGGUAUGGUUAGUGAUGAUAACAUGUUCGGUGUGUUCCGUAAAAUCUUAAGAACAGAAGGAAUCUGUGGUUUAUAUCGUGGUAUCACACCUAAUUUUAUCAAAGUGCUGCCAGCUGUGUCCAUUAGUUAUGUUGUGUACGAGUACUCAAGUCGAGCGCUAGGUGUAAAUAUGACGUGAUGUGUUUGUUUCUUAAGAACUGGGAUAUGCGAAUAUGUUGUCGCUCUCUGUGCACUGUACCUCCAUGCACUCACAUUAUCUAAGCUUGUUUUCCAUUUUUAUGGGCGCAUAAA